UGCAUCAGUCACUGAUGCACCAUCGUGUUCGAUAGUACUGUCGCAAUGGCCGCUCCGGCGAAAAAACGUGAUAUCCCGGGAAAUUUGCACGAGGAACGCGACGACGAGGAGGACCGAGACUCGUCAGUAUGCGAGGAUGACGGGGAUGAGCAGGGAAUGGAGAUUCAAGUGGACUUCGAGGGCCGCAAUCCGCAGGAUCCAGAUUAUCAUGGGAUCAAAAUAUUGCUGCAACAGCUCUUCCUCAAAGCUCAUAUUGACUUAGGUGGACUUACAGAUUUAAUAAUAUCUCAAAAUUACGUGGGCUCCGUUGUUAAACAGUCCAGCGACAUGGAAGAAUCGGACGAUGAUGACGAUGAUGUUAACGAUGUGUUUGGUAUCACGACUGUUAUUAAUGUCUCAGACAGGCAGAACCUUCCGUGCAUACAACAGCUCAGAGAUCUUUUGAAGCAAUUAGCGAGCGAGCACGCCACGGAUGCGGCCAACGCCAUGAUAAAGAACGUGCUGGAGAACGACGCGUCACAGUUAGGUUUGCUCAUUAACGAGAGAUUCGUCAACAUUCCGGCGCAAAUUGCGGUGCCGUUACUCGAGAAUCUGGUCUCCGAGGUGAAGCGCGCCAACAACAAAAACAUGCCGUUUAACUUCUCCUACUACAUACUCAUCUGCAAGCUGUACAAGUGGGAGGAUAGCAAGAAGAUCGGCAGGAAAGCGAGAAACAAGAACAAGAACGCCGACAACGAGCCUGCUAUUUUGUGGAGCAAUCGAGAGGAGGAGAUCUUCGCGGAAGAGGCUACCGUCAGUUUCGAAUUCUCCGUGGAGAAGGACUCGGACACCGGUCUGUCCGGCAUGUGGACCGAAACCGACGACGAGAUGGUACCUUACAGGCGCGUUCUCCUUUUCGAAGCCUCGAAAUUGCAAUCGAUUAUCGACAAAAUAAAAAGUCAGCUUUCUUAAUCUCGUAUACGCGAGUGGGAGUAGCAUCGACGAUGAUACGGCUUCGAUUCACCCUUCCCCGCGUAACUUCCUUCUCGCAAUAGUACGGGAGGAAGGGAUGUGCUUCUCAGAGACAAUUUCUUUUAUACCUUGCGUACGACGACGUAUAAUUGUGACAGCACGUGUACGAAGCUUUAUGUAAUAAUACACCUUCUACAUAACGCUUA